UGCUUUCGUUUUCCUUUCUCCACCUCGCCCCUGACACAGGUCCUUAUAUAAACACAAGUCAGCUGUCAGCUGAGUACAGUGUUGAGACACGGCAGUCCAGCAUGUUGCUUUCCAAUCAAGUGGUCUUGGUGAGGAUGCUCCUGCGGCUGUGUAUCAGUAAUGUGCACUCUGUGUUUUCUGAGAUUAUGGGUUGGGUGUUUACUGGCUGGAUGAGGGUGACCAGGGUGCAGCUGAAUCCUCAGUCCAAGCGCCCUAAACUCACAACUAGAGCUGAAGUCACCACACCGAGCAGUGUGAACUACCAUUUCACCCGCCAGUGCAAUUACAAGUGCGGCUUCUGCUUUCACACAGCAAAGACAUCCUUCGUUUUGCCAAUAGAAGAGGCCAAGAGAGGUUUGCAACUCCUGAAAGAAGCAGGAAUGGAGAAAAUCAACUUCUCAGGUGGAGAACCUUUCUUGCAUCAGAAGGGUGUGUUUCUGGGAGAACUGGUGCAAUACUGCAAGCAAGAGCUUCAGUUACCGAGCGUCAGUAUUGUCAGCAAUGGAAGCAUGAUCAAGGAGACCUGGUUCCGGAAAUAUGGAGAGUAUUUGGAUAUUCUAGCAAUAUCUUGUGACAGCUUUGAUGAGGAAACCAACCAAACAAUCGGUCGAGCCCAGGGCAGAAAAAGCCACAUAGACAAUCUGUACAAAGUGCAGAAGUGGUGCAGACAGUACAAAGUGGCUUUCAAAGUCAACUCAGUCAUCAACACAUUCAAUGUUCAUGAAGACAUGACUGAGCACAUCACUGGCCUUAAUCCUGUGCGCUGGAAGGUGUUUCAGUGCCUCCUGAUUGAGGGUGAGAAUACAGGCGAGAAUAGCCUUCGAGAGGCAGAGAAAUUUGUCAUCACUGAUCAGGAGUUCCAGGAUUUCCUGGACCGCCACCAAAGCAUUAAAUGUCUGGUCGCAGAGUCAAAUCAAAAGAUGAAGGAUUCCUACCUGAUUUUGGAUGAAUACAUGCGUUUCCUGGAUUGUCGAGCAGGAAGGAAAGACCCAUCAAAGUCCAUUCUGGAUAUUGGAGUAGAGGAAGCUAUAAAGUUCAGUGGGUUUGAUGAGAGGAUGUUUCUUAAAAGGGGAGGCAAAUAUGUGUGGAGCAAAGCAGAUAUGAAGCUUGAGUGGUGAUACCACACAAUGUCAGUCACAUACAAUGUCUGUUAGCAUAAAAUUGAUUGUAUGGUUUUGUUUCAAUGUUAACAAGCACUUAAAUAUGUAAUUUAAUUUUAUAUUUGUUUUAAAGCUAUUAUUAUUAUUAUUAUUAUUAUUAUUAUUAUUAAUAGAAAUUAAUUAUUAGUAGAAACGGAGAUCGGCGCCGCCCGAUGCGCCACAUGGCAGGGGAAGGACUUUUUUUUUUUUUUAUUAUUAGUAGUAGUACCUCUGUAACAUUGAUUCAGUACAAAUUUUGUACUAUUUUUUGCACUUUAAACAAAUUAAAUGUAUUGUGUGUAUAUAUGUCUCUAAAAUAAAGGUCUAUAUUUGUAACAAAAA